UCUUUUUUCUUCCGGAGGGAUCAAGUCUCCACAUGACCAGAAACGAAAGUGAAAGAAACAGAGAGACGCCAUCACGGGACUUUAAACUAAAACAAUGGGCGUUUAAAAUCUGCCUGAUGUGGUCUUCUUGACUGCGUAAGGAGUUAUCAACUCCAGCCCUCCACAAUGAGUCGUCAUGGGGUAAAAGAGGAGGAGGUCGAGGUUUAUCAGAGCCAGAUGCCCAGAGUAUCAUCUCCAGAACCGAGCUGUGUGUCAGUGAGGAGUGACCAGUCCAUGAGACAGCCGCCUAUAUUCAGUGAUGGUGCAGUGACUUCUGACCCCAGCAUCAACAGGUUGAAGAGAUCCAGAACAUCAUCUCCUGAGCCUAGCCGUGUGUCAUUGAAGAGUAAUCAGUCAAUGUUGGACCCCAUAGAUUUCAGGGAUGGAGCAGUGAACUCUGACCCCAGGGCCGCUAAUCCAGGUGUUUUCUGCAAUCGGCCCUUUAAUCUCAACAGGUUGAAGAGACCUAGAGCGGCAUCUCCAGAACCCAGCUGUGUGUCAGUUCAGUAUGAUCCAUCCGUGAGGCAGUCAUCUGUAUUCAGUGAUGGAGCAGUGAACUCUGAUCCUCGCAGUGAGAAGAUGUGGAACAAGACAGAAUCAGACCUACUGGAGGAGACUGAAGACAUGCAGCAGGAUUGUCAUGAUGAAUCAGUGGAUGAUGUUCUGCAGAGAGUGAAACACAAACACAAAAGCAUCAUGAAGAACAAGUAUGAGAGUUUAUUUGAGGGAAUGAAAGCACAAGAGAAUCAAACGCUCCUGAAGAGAAUUUACACACAGCUGUACAUCAGAGAGGGAGAGAGUGAAGGAGUGAAUGAAGAACAUGAGGUUUUACACAUGGAGAAACAGCCCAGAAGAACACAAGACUUACAAGACACUCCAAUCUACUGCAAUGACAUCUUCACACCUCAAUCUCAUCAAAGACACAAAAUCAAGAGCGUUCUUACUAAAGGCAUCGCUGGAAUUGGAAAAACAGUCUCUGUGCACAAGUUCAUUCUGGAUUGGGCCGAGGGAACAGCCAAUCAGGACGUAGAUUUCAUGUUCCUGCUUCCGUUUCGAGAGCUGAACUUGAUUCGAGAGCAUCGCUACAGUCUUCACAAACUUCUGCUGGACUUUCAUCCUGAACUUCAAGAUGUGGACUCUCAGAUUUAUGAGGAGUGUAAAGUUGUGUUCAUCUUUGAUGGUCUGGAUGAAAGCAGAAUGACACGGAUGUUUUCAGACCACAGUGAGAAAGUUUCUGAUGUGACGGACGCUUCAUCAGUGGCCGUGUUGAUGUCAAACCUCAUGAAAGGAGAUCUGCUUCCCUCCGCUCUCAUCUGGAUCACCUCCAGACCAGCAGCAGCCAAUCAGAUCCCCUCCAAAUACAUCACGCGUGUGACAGAAAUCCAGGGAUUCGACGACGCUCAGAAGGAGGAAUAUUUCAGGAAGAGAAUCAGCGACGAGCAUCAAGCCAGCAGAAUCAUAUCCCACAUUAGAAGAGCGAGAAGCCUCCACAUCAUGUGUCACAUACCGGUCUUCUGUUGGAUCUCCUCCACUGUGCUUCAGAAGAUCCUGACACAAGAUCACAGUGAAGAAAUCCCCAAAACUCUGAGUGAAAUGUACAUCCACUUCCUGCUGAUCCAGAUGAAGAUGAAGAAUGAGAAGUAUGAUCCAGAGAGAGAUCCAGAGAUCAACAGAGAAGUGAUUGUGAAACUGGCUGAAGUGGCUUUCAAACAGCUGAUGAAGGGCAAUGUGAUGUUCUAUGAGGAGGAUCUGAGAGAGUGUGGGAUAGACAUCACUGACGCCUCGCUGUAUUCUGGCAUCUGUACUGAGAUCUUUAAGGAGGAAUCUGUCAUUCAUCAGAGGAAGAUCUACAGCUUCAUACAUCUCAGUCUUCAGGAGUUCCUCGCGGCGUUCUACUGGUUUCACUGCUGUACAUGCAGUACUCUCACAGUGCUUGGAGAUUUUCAACCGUUGUAUAAUCUGCUUAAAGGUGCAGUAGAUAAAGGUCUUGAGAGUGAAACUGGUCAUCUGGAUCUUUUCUUGAGGUUUCUGCUGGGCCUCUUGUUGGAGUCCAAUCAGAGACUCUUACACGAUCUACUGACACACACGGUGGACACCUCACAAACCAUCAAGAAAACCACACAGUACAUCAAAGAUCAAAUCAAGGGUAAUGAUGGUCUGUCAGCUGAAAGAUCCAUCAAUCUGUUCUUGUGUCUGUUUGAAGUGAAAGAUCAGACUCUGUACAGAGAGAUCGAGGAGUUUGUGAGAUCAGACAAACACUCAGAGAAGAAACUCUCGGCCGCUCACUGUUCAGCAAUAGCCUACAUGCUUCAGAUGUCAGAGGAGGUGAUGGAUGAGUUUGAUCUGAAGAAAUACAACACAACACAGGAGGGCAGAAGAAGACUCAUACCGGCUGUCAACAACUGCACAAGAGCUCUACUUGCUGAGUGUAAUCUCACAGUUGAGUCUUGUAGAAUUAUCUCUUCAGCUCUUCAGUCCUCAGAUUCUCCUCUGAGAGAUCUUGAUGUGAGUAACAAUGAUCUUCAGGAUUCAGGAGUGAAGCUGAUCUCUGAUGCUCUCAACAACACAAACUGUCAUCUACAUAUACUGAGAUUAUCAGGUUGUAUGGUGACAGAUGAAGGAUGUUGUUAUUUGGCUUCAGCUCUGAGUUCAAACCCGUCGCACCUGAGAGAACUCGACCUGAGCUACAAUCACCCACAACACUCAGCACUUCAGCUGCUCGCUUAUCAAAGUGAUCCAAACUACACACUCAACAAACUCAAUUUAGACUAUGGAGGACUUUGCAGGGUUAAACCGGGACUGCAGAAAUAUUUAUGUGAUCUCACACUGGAUCCAAACACAGCCAACGUUCACCUCAUGCUGUCUGAAGAGAACAAAAAGGUCACAUAUGUGAAAGAUCCUCAGCCGUAUCCUGAUCAUCCAGACAGAUUUGAAGGUGUUCCUCAGGUUCUGAGUAGAGAGAGUCUGACCGGACGUUGUUACUGGGAGGCUGAAUGGAAAGUGUGGGCCCGUAUAGCCGUGAGCUAUAAAGAAACCAGCAGGAAAGAAGCCAGUAAUAGUAUGUUUGGACUUGAUGACAAAUCCUGGAGUAUUUUCUGCAAUUCCAAUGGAUUUAACGUUUGGCACAACAAUAAAACCAAGAACAUACCUGCUCCUUCAUCUUCAUCUAAUCGAGUAGGAGUGUUUGUGGAUUGUUCGGCCGGCACUCUGUCCUUCUACAGCGUCUCUGACACACACACACUCACACACAUACACACAUUCAACACAACAUUCACUCAACUGCUAUACGCCGGAAUUAUGAUUAAUUUACUCAACUCUUCAGUGUCUCUGUCCAAAUAAACACACACACACUGUUUUUGUAGUAUGACUGAAGGGGACUGUAUUAGGUUUGAGCAGUGCUUAGUUUGUAAAUUCUGAGGUGCUUGAGGAGCUGUGUCCACCGAGGCGCAUUUACGUGGCUGAAAACGUCCGCUGCAGGCGCAUCGUUCUGCCCAAAGUUGAGCAAUUUUCAACUCUGGGCGCUCGGUCGAACACCGGCGCUGAUCGUGGGAAAAACGCAUAGCACCAGCGCAGAGUGCGGAAAAAAAACGUCAGCUGAUGGCUUUUUUUAAAAGCGCGGCGUUUCCAUAGGAAACAAUUGAAAAAACACAUCAGCCGCAGGCGUAAACGCCUCCGUGGACACAGCCUCUAAGGGGGCGUGUCAGAUCCAGCAAGUUAGUGGGGUGGGGAGAAGUAACGGAAUGUGCAAUCUCUGAGGGUUUUUCUAUCAAACUAUUUAGAUGUAUUGAAAAUGCAUAUAAAAAAGCCUAAAUGGAAAUGCACAUGCGAAGAUAAUCUCAGAAUUAUCAAAGAAAUUUAACGUGAUUUUAUCUUGAGUUUGCCUUAGUUCAAAUGCACAUUAAGGUGAUGGAAACAGUUUAUUGUCAUAAUGAUGAUGUUGUGAAUAUUUGUGCAUCUAAACAAAUAAAAUACAGCCCUCAACAUUUGUUAGAAUUCAGAAGUUUAAUGUUAAACAUAAAUUACACCAGCGUGCAGGUGGAGGCUGCCACGUCCCAGCCAGCAAAGACACAUGGGUCCAGAAGGGUUUGAUGUGGGCUGUCUUCUGGGUCUGAGCUGGUUUUGUCCGUGGGUUCCAUGUAGGCCCCACAUGGGUUAGCCCAGAUGAAAUCAACACUGCUUAGUGUGCAUACUACAGGCUGAUAAAUGUGGCACUGAAUGUUGGAGUGAAUGAGAUAAUGAAGUGAUAACAAGCAGAAUCACUGAUGGACACAGAAACAACAAGAACACAAAGAAAUAAAACACAACAACUACAACUGACUUCAGCCACAAACACCAUUAACAUCUUUAUUUAUUUAUAUUAUUGAGAAUAAACAGUUUUUUUCUGUUCAUGUUUUAUUGAAAAUAACUGGUUUGAUGUCACCAUUAUGUGAUCAGUGUUUGUUUUAGUUGGGCGAGAAUCGAGCGAUUCUGUAUUUAAUGAUAUGGUUAGAUCUGGCACGCUCUUUGCGAAACUAUCUUUAGUAGUCGAGGUAAUUGUUCUACCCUGUCGAUAAGAGUUAAGCGACUGAUUUCUGCAGUGCGCAGUGUACAAGUUAUAAGAUAGUGUUACGGUCUUGGUCUGGUCGGGGUUUCAUCUGCACGUGGGUUGUGUUGUUAUUGUCGAGCACGUGGUAAGCCGCUGGCUGACCGCGUGCUCGGUGUCUGCGUAUUUCACCCCGCCCUCGUGUCUCCUUAGGCUUUCCCGCACUGGUGAUUUUCCACUCCGCACCUACACGCCUGCUGACAUGCUACUCAUUAAGCACUCGUUCCCGUAAUUACUCCACACCUGCCAACCUUUUCCAUCUCAUUAUUUUUCCCCUUAUAUUCCCUCAGUGUAUCUUGUCUGUUGUCUGAUCGUUGCUUGUAUUAGCCAUAGUUUCAGACUGCCCCAGACGUAGCUGCGGCUCGUCUGUAGAAGUUUUUCCCUAGUCUUGUCAUAGUCUUGGUUUUCGUCUCGUCUGGUCAAGUUAAGUCUUUCCCUCCUCUGUUGUCUCGUUUUUCUUGCUGUGUCCCGGCAGCUCUCAUUGGCGUUCACCACCUCUACCCACGGCAGGCAGCUUUCCGCAGACGGAGCUCAGAUUCCUCUUCUGGUCGUCAUCAACCGCCACGUUCUCAGCAUGGGUCCCGGGCCGAGUGAGGUCCCGAGAUACUUCCCUCCUCGUCUCAGUGUUGGAGACCUAUCCUCAGCCCGAGUCGCCGUGGUCAUCCUAUUGGGGACUCAAGUUCUUACCACCGCGGACAACACGUCCGCGGUUGGGGUUGUUCUCUGUUUAUUGCUGCCUUGUUAUAUAAUAAACAUCUUCGGAUUUUCACCGCAUCUGGGUCGCCUUGUUUCUCUGUCAUGACAGAUAGUGAUCAGUGACAUCGUCGCUUUAUCACUUUAUCAACGUUAACCAAUAGGUCCGAUAAGAAGUCUGCGAACUCUUUCAGAAAAGUAGGCCAAACUUUAUGAGUUGGUUUUGGUCGUUUAUUACAUUGUCUUCAGGUUUAAUCACGAUCAGAUUUUUUCUCUUAGUUUUGCCUAAAUUAUUAUUUUGUAGUAUUAUUCGGGGGACAGAUACGGUCUCUAUGCAUUUGGAAGCAGUAACAUUUAUAACAGUUGAGUGGGAGGAACACAGACUAUGGUUAACGUUUUGACUUACAAAAUUAUCAAAAUUCAAAAUUAUCAACAAAGAGCAGCUUCUGUUCAAUACACCAUGACAUCAACCAUUUAUUUAGAGCAAAUAGUCUACUAAACUUUCAUUCCCUCGUCGGUAGGUAGGAAGCGGCCCUGAUACGAUGAUCCUCGCUGUGGGCGAUGCGUUGCGUUCCAUCUCGAUCGGACUCCUGAAAUCCCUCUUCAGGAUCUCCGACUGCCGCAUCCUGACGUCGUUCACCCCCGCGUGCAGCACGACAGCUCAGACAUUUGCGUCGCCCUUCAGGAUCGCAGGUACCUGCACAGAGACAUCAAGAACACGGGCGCCAGGAAAACAAUGAGUGCGCACCUUACCUUUAGUGGAGGAGUCUCCGAUGACCACAGCGUUGCAUUCUGUCUCGCGGAGGGCGGAAAAACGGUUCCUGGUCGGGAUCUCGAAGACCGGUGGCGGCAGUUGGGUCAUCGCUCCGGUCCUGGCUCGCGCCUUUCACUGUGGGUGUGCCGGUGCAGGAGUGAAGUUCAUUUGGGCUGAUUGUGUUCUCGAAGCCUGGGCUCUGUGCAGAGAAACACGCGGAGUAGAAGUGGUAGGAGUAUUACAAUCACGAUGAAAACUUACCGCGGAUUUGUGAGCGUCAGCCCGGGAUGUUUCCAGUGCCGUUUUACGUUCUCGCAGCCGUGUCUGCUUCUCAAGUAAAUCCUGGAUCUGCUUCUCCACAGCCUCCAGUUCCUCCAGGACCUGGAAACUGGAAUGCAGCUGGAGGAAGCAGCUGCUGGGCACCCGCGGGUUGCUCAUCGGGGGCGCGGCCUGAGCUUGCUGAAGGCCUGUUGCGGUGACCUGAUGGAGUUGAGUUUUGCAGAGGGUCGGUGGAGGACGGCUUGUUUCAAGUGGAAAGAGGUCUGGGUGCUGGGUGAUCUUAAUUGGUCAGUGGCUUGUAUUUCUGAUACAGAUCUCUUUGGAUGAGUUUUUGACUGUAGCGAGACUAGAAGGCCGUAUAGAUCCGGUUUAGUCAUCUUCCUGUUUACGUGGACGUCUCGGUCGGAGAGGGCUUGACAUAAGCUUGCUACGUUCCACUUCCCUAUAGGUGGUAUGGUGGAUGUUACCGACGCGUAAGAUGAUGCUGGGGAAGGAGGCUGGCGCACAAUGGAUCCAGGUGAUGACUGACGUCGUCAUUUUGAAGUGGAUGGAGUAGAUCGGUGAGAUGAACGACCCCGUGGCUGAGCUGGUGGCUUGGUCGCUGUGUCCUUGCCGGGGUUGGAGUGUUGGAUAGCGCUUGAAUGAGCCGCCGUGUCCUGGACAGUGGAACUUUCUUUUCCUGAUGAAGAGGAAGUAUCAGACAUGUCGAAGUCUUUUAAGCUUGUCGUAGAUUUUUUCUGUUUGUCUCAGAGCUGUUUUCCAGACUUGCGAUGUCGAAGACUGAAAAAGUGCAGGUAAGACGUACCUAUUUACAGAGGUGUAUAGUCCAGGGGCCAAAGAGUAAAAGUCCUGCCAUAUUUUUGUUACCUCUGCCUAUUUAUUGAAUAGUUCGCUGGGUCUGAUAGGUCGAAGUCAUGAUAACUGAUGCGGAUCAGCUGCAAUUGCUGAUGCGGAUCAGAUGAUUGCUGAUGCGCAUCAGCCGGGCUUGAUUAUAUGCUCCGGCUCCUCCUUGAACUUUGUUAAUAAAACAUCAUGUAAGGAGAGUCUUAGCACCACCUUCUACAACCACGCCACCAUGACAGCGGGAAAAAACGGAAGUACAGGGAUGUUGCGCCCUUUUAAAGGGACCGUGUGCUUCUCGUGCGCCCAGCUCCAUUCCACCCAAACAAGCUAAUUAGCCUCCUCCCAUUACAUGAACAUGAGUAAUAAUUCAUUUUUAAAACUAUUAAUAUGCACUUGUAAACGCUUCAUGCUUUUAAUAAAAACAUUGUAAAUGUUUAAUAUUUGAGUCAGUUUCGAAAGGCUGCAUCCUCGAGUCCUCCGAAGGAUGCGAUAUACCGAGGGUCCUCAACAUAUAGAAUUAAAUGAGGACAUAGGCUAUUGGAAAAAGGAAGUAUGACGUUGCUAUGCCAACACAUUGUGCUCAUACCUGUCAAAUUAAUCAAAACGAUUAUAACAUGAUUUGAAGAAAUAAAAAGUCGGUCAGUUUCUAUCCUAAACAAUACCAGAAGAGUUAAAAAAUGUCUUGCCUUACUGUUUUAAACGUUUAAAAAUCACUUCUAAUUCUUAUUUACUACAUCAUGUACUACAAUAGUCUAUUCCUAUUUUUUACUUGUACAUAUUUACAUACACACAUAGCUUUACUCUCUAUAUCUUUAUCUUAUGUUUAUUGUAUUGUAUUUCUUAAUUGUUUAUACCCAUAGGCCCUUAUUUAAAUCAUUGUGUCCUGUAUUCUAUUGUGUUAUGGUCUCUGUGUACUGUUGUUGCUGUUUCUGUGUUCUGGAUGCUCCUGUCACCAAAACAAAUUCCUUGUAUGUGCAAACAUACUUGGCGAUAAAGCUCUUUCUGAUUCUGAUCUAUCUGCUGAUUAAA